AGUGAUUCAAGUCUCUUCGCUCCGAUCGCAACACUUUGCAUUGCUCUUGGCCUUGUGCUCUAGUGAAACCACGGCGGUCGCGGCUCGCGGCGCUACGUUUUUAGUAUUUUAGUGUGUGUGUGACAAGAAAGCCUCAACAUUGCGCUGCACCAGCUAAGGCCUGCUGGCCCAAUGCCCUUCAACAUGCCCAUGCGCAUCGAUAAUGGAUUAAUGUUUUCGCAACCCCCUGAUGUCAUAAAACAGCAUAUAAUGGUUGCCGAAGUCGUGGGCCGCAGCCAGAGUGGUUCCCCUGUAAAUGGUGAAAUCCCACAUUUGAACUCCAAUAUGCCAUCUCACGGAAGAGAAAUGCUCAACACUUCCUCGCCCAGUGAUGAAUAUUCACAAGGUUCCAACUACAACAUGUCAUCUGCCAAACACAAAGAACUGUUCUCUCAGCGCAAGCAGCGCGAAUUUACGCCAGACAACAAAAAGGAUGACAGCUACUGGGACCGCCGACGUAGAAAUAAUGAAGCUGCUAAGAGAUCGAGAGAGAAAAGGAGAUUCAACGAUAUGGUUUUGGAACAGCGUGUAGUCGAAUUAACGAAGGAAAACGCUAUACUAAAGGCUCAGUUAGAAGCUAUCAAGGAAGAGUACGGGAUCUGUGGGGAAAACGUUGUUUGCGUGGAAAAGGUUCUAGCCAAUUUACCGUCUAGCGAGCAAGUCCUCAGUAUCUCCAAGAGACAGAAAAUCAACCACCCAGCUACUCCUCUGAUGUUCGGUUCACCCAGUCCUAUUCCCACUCCUGUCAUUCACCAGCCGGUGAUGGGAUCACCGCCACCACAGCCCUUGCCACACGCCCACAACAUUCUUCAUAUGCCACCCUCUCACCUAGAACCCGCAUAUAGGGAACCGGAUUACCAUCCGCACUACCAGUUCCCCUACCACCACCAUCACCCCAGCAUGCAGUACGACUCGGACAACGCCCUGAACCUGUCCAGAUCCAGGUCCAGAGUUCAGUCGCCCUUCGAGGUUUCCAGCAAUUCGGGCGACGAGAGUGCUCCCAUCGUCUUGACCACGAACGAACCCAAUAACAGCCUACCCCUGAAGCUGAGACACAAAUCGCACCUCGGAGAUAAAGAUGCCGCCAGCGCCUUGCUCUCCCUCCAGAACAUCAAACAGGAACCCGGACCGCGCGCCAGUCCCCCUUGGGAUGGGGAGGGAUCGAGCGAUGAGAGGGAUUCCGGUAUCUCCCUGGGAGCCGAAUGGACUGCCACAGCUGCUGCAGCGGCGACCUUGCAGACCCUCAAGCAGUCCCAGCACCAGGUGAUGCAAGACGCCUCGCACGGUGACAACACGGCCAAGCAUAGGUUGCAUUCGGAAUUGGCGAGGAUCUCGACUGAAGUGGAGCACCUCAAGUCGAUGAUCACCAUGAAAGACAAAGAGGCUCCCCAGCAUUAAAUUAAUUAAGUUGUGAUGUGAUUUGAUGAAGUGGUUCGAAAGAAGUCCACUGAUUUUGUGAUGAUUCUCAUGAUGGAGAUUGGACAUAUCGUGCUCCGAGUGAGCAUAUUUAUUAUAUUUUUAAGUAUUUAUUUGUUGGUUAAUAAUUCAAUCGGAGGAUAUUUCACCGCGCACAAUAACGUAGCUUUCAUUUUGCCAAUCUAUUCCUAUGACAAUUGUUGUUCUAAUAAAAUUGCGUGUCUUGGCGCUUUCAUUAGAUAUUACUUCAACACUUUUUGUCAACUUAUAUAAAUUUUUUGAUACAAGGUCCUGUACUACAUCUGUCAUAGCUGAUUUCACCUUGUAUCAUCAUAGGAAUUAACGUACCUUUCAUUCUUAGCUGAAAAUAUGUGUGAUUUUUGUAAACUAUUUAUCUUUAUGUAAAAAUGUAUGUAUUUUUGUUAUUCACCGUACACGACGGUUAAUAUUACGUUAUGUUAUCUCAUUAUUGUAUAUUUAUAAAUAUCUAUCAUAAGACUCUUGCUGGACCUUACCUCAAAACUCAAAAUCCAGUUUUUGAAUCUUAUAUUUUUUGUGAGAUAUAUGAAUCUGUAGACUGUCCAGCUUAAACAUAAUUAUUAUGCAUAUUUUAAAGAAAAUAUCGAUAUUUUCAUAUUACCGAUUGAUGUAUCCUAAUUAUGUAAUAAAUAAUAAAUAAAUAUUUGCAUCGUUUUUUC